AUGCCCUCUAACAAAGACCGUCUCUAUUUAGGAUUGUACGCUCGAGGAGGUACAGCGACAAUGCCAGGUGGUGAAGACAAGUCGGGCUCCGGAUCGAUUUCUGCGAUGAGUCAACUGACAGGUAGUGCCAGAUAUCAUUGGGCUCUGCUUGUUGGCCCCAAGGUUGAAAAUAAUGAGACAAGCGGCAAGCGGUUCCAUGUCAAAGAACGAAUCAACAGUGGCACAGAGUCAGCCUGGGAGUUUAGUGAGCAGGAGACUGGUACGUCGUCUACCCUUUUGGUCUUGGUCCGUGUUCAGGUGGCAAAAAUCACGAAUAUAAAGGCUCUUGAAGCCAUAUUGAGGAGUGUACCAGUCAGGAAGGAGCAGCGGGGACGGAACUGUGUCGAGUGGGUCAGAGAGGCAUUGGCUGCACUGCAGAAUGACAACAAGGCAUUGGGCACUUCGGUGUUAGAUUGGGCCACUGUCUGUGGCACAGCUAUGUGGUACGUUGAAGAGAAGACAAUGCAGCAUCGAUUUGACGGACAGGCUGCCCCAGGACAGUUUGAUACCAGAAGAGUGUCGACGUAUGAUCUGCUUGAAAGAAAGGAGUUGGUACCGUGA